CAGGCCCAAUGGAAUAACUCAACUUGAAAUCGCUCCUGAUCCGGCCACCUCCAAGUGAGCGCGCGAAGAUGUUACUUUGCGGAGGCCAUAGGUUCAAUGUAUUGGCGCCAAUCCCAUUCUCUUUUGGGACUUUCAUCAAACACCUUGCAACUUCAAAAUGCUCAAAGCUUUCACUGAGCACAAAAUCAUUUACUACCGCCGCUAGCGCAAACGUCUUCAGCUCCUCCCGUUUUGAAGUGCUAAACUCGCGUCAAAAAGAACAAGUUCAUCUCUACAUCGAUUCCCUCCUCGAAUGGAACCAGAGAAUGAAUCUGACUGCCGUAAGGGAGGCGAGUGAGGUCAUGGAAAGGCAUGUUGAAGACUCGCUUUCAAUAAUAGAUCCAAUUCGGACUUCGUAUCUCUCACAUUGUGGAGCUUCAUCAGAGAACCUCAAUCUCGUCGAUGUUGGAAGUGGUGCGGGGCUUCCUGGAGUAAUUUUGGCCAUUGCUUGCCCAGGUAGUUAUUCGCAUUUUUUCUUCACAACAGCCGAUGCAGCGGAAAUUAAACAAGGAACGUACCUUCAGCCAUGGUUGUUCAAGUGA